CGCAUGCUGAUUGUGAUUGGGGAGAUUUCCACCAGCGAUCACCUUGACUCUGCCAAAAAACAGAUCACACAAGGUUUGCUGUCCUGGAAUGUUGAUUUGAGUAUCUGCGACCUGAACAAGGAGCUACAGCUGUUUGAGAGCAAACACACAGCGCGAUUUUCUUCAGAGGUCAAAGGUCAGAGGAUUCUCCAAUAUCAGAGUGACAUCCUCGAGACAGUGGUGUUGGUUAACCCAUCAGAAGAGUCUGUUUCUUCAGAGGUCCAUUCUCUGCUCAUUGACUUGGCUGGAAAUAAAUUGCUGAUACUAAGUGGGCAGAGCUCUGACCUGGGAGGUGACAUCCUUCUGCAAGGUGUGGCCUUUACCUGGCAACACUUCUCUGAUAUCAUCUCCAGCACACAAGUGCAAACAGUCCUUUCCAAGGUUUCCCCCAAGCAGCCAUCAAGGCUUACUGUUUCCUGUCAAGGAGACGGGGGCUGGAGCUCCCUGGGCCAAAGCCAGGAGUUUCAAAAUAUUCUGGAAUAUCGUUUGAACCCAGAGCCUCACCUUCCCAGUAUGGAAGGGGUAACAGCGUUUACAGAGUAUGUCUCAGAGACAGUAGAUGUGCCGUCACCCUUUGAACUUCUAGAGCCACCAACUUCUGGAGGAUUUCUGAAACUUUCCAAACCUUGCUGCUACAUCUUUCCUGGAGGAAGAGGAGACUCUGCCUUGUUUGCUGUCAAUGGGUUUAACAUCUUGGUGGAUGGUGGCUCUGACAGGAAGUCUUGCUUCUGGAAGCUGGUUCGGCACCUUGAUAGGAUUGACUCUGUUCUGCUCACCCAUAUCGGGGCAGACAACCUUCCUGGCAUUAAUGGCUUGUUCCAAAGAAAGAUUGCAGAACAGGAGGAGGAGGGCAACCAAGGAUCUGGUUCAAGUAGCAGUGCUGAGUCGAUGAAGAACUUAAUAUCCCCUGAGCUUGGCAUUGUGUUUUUGAAUGUCCCUGAGAAGCUUCGGAUGCCAGAAUCCACUCUAAAAGGGAAACGAAGCAUCGAGGAAGCAUCUCUCACACUGCAGUACCUCAAUAAACUCGGUAUCACACCUGAACCGCUUCACAGGGCGGUGACUAACACUAUUGAACCCAUCACGCUCUUUCAUAAACUUGGAGUGGGAAAGUUAGACAUGUAUGUACUCAACCCUGUCAAAGAGAGCAAAGAGAUGCAGUUUCUUAUGCAAAAAUGGUCUGGGAACAGCAAAGCCAAGACUGGUAUUCUGAUGUCCAAUGGAAAAGAAGGUGAAAUAUCUGUUCCCUAUUUGACAUCAGUUACUGCCCUCAUUGUUUGGGUUCCUCACCGUCCUACAGAAAAGAUAGUCAGGGUGCUCUUUCCUGGAAAUGCACCACAGAAUAAAAUAUUUGAGGGCCUUGAGAAAUUAAAACACCUUGACUUUCUGAGAUACCCAAUAGCUACUCAAAAAGACCUUUCUUCUGGUGCACCGCUGCCCAUUAUCAAACAAACAAAAAUGAAAUCAAGAACUGAAAGCAAAGAGAGUCUCAAAGCGUCACCAAAACCAAACCCAAAAAUAACCAAGAAAGAUGUCGGGCAGGAUGAAGAGUCCCGUAGUGAAACUACCAAAGAAAAUAAAGUGGAAAAGAAAGAUGAUAAAAAGAUAAAAAGUCAAAGUCUGAAGGCUACCAAACAACUGAAAAAUAGUGAGGUUGCCCCUGUGACAGGAAAGUCAGAGAAGAAGAUAGCUGACAAAAGUGGGAAAAUGAACAAAGUGUCUCGAAUGGAUGAAAAGAAAGACAAGGAGAAAAAGGAAAUUAAAAAAGACAAAGUAAAAAAGGAUGAAAAUAUAAGAAAAGAGGAGAAGAAGGAAAAGAAGGACCUCAAAAAGGAUAUCAAUAAGCCAGAAUUGAGAAAAAUUAUGAAACCUGACCUAAAGCCACUCACCCCUGAAGUGAGAAAAACUUUACAUAAGGUCAAGACUCAGACUAAAACCAAGAAAGAAAAAAAUGCAACCGGUAAGGAGCAUGUGAAUGGUAAAAACCAAAUUCCAGAGAACCUUCAUGAAGAGGUCGCAGCAGCAGCACUUGCAGAUAGGUCCAUUGUGUCAUCCCCGGAGGACCUUACUGAGGACUUUGAGGCUCUGAAAAGAGAAGAGCUAUCCAAACCCAAGAAUGAGGCUAACCUGAUAUCUGAGGUCUCCCUUCACAAAGAUACUAAAGUUUCAAAGUCAUUUCCUCCUGAAGACAAAAUGACAUCCUUUUGUACAAAUACAGAGACCAUUUCAUCAAUGUUCCUUGAGAAACCAGAUGAAUACAAUACAGACAAGGAAACAUCAGAACAGACAAAAUCUCCUCAAAGGAAAGAUUCAAACAGCGGCAUUGACAAGAAUUAUGCAGACGAGACAUUUGAUGAUUAUGGCAGAUAUUCUGCAAAGGAUGACUCAAAAGACACAUCAAAGAAAAGUGAUAGCUCAGAGGAGGAUGAUAAUGUAAUUGAAAAAGCCGAGCUUGAGGGAACAGAAGAUGAUGCAGUUGUCAAGUAUAAAACACAGGAGAUUAAAAAAGAGAAGUUUGGAAAAGAAUUGGAAAACAGACAAACCACACAACUGACCUCAUCCACAGCAGCACCGUCUGGACAAGGAUUUGGAGCAUCAGCCUUAGAGCUCUUCUCUUUUAUCCAAGAUGAAACCAUCCCUGGUUACUCGGAGACCGAACAGACCAUCUCUGAUGAGGAGAUCCAUGAUGAUACAGAAGAAAGAAUGCCACAGUUACGAUAUAGUGUUGGACCUUAUGACGUCUCGGUUCCCGAUGCCCUGAAAACCUUUGACUCCAUCCACGGGUUGAAAGAAAUGAAAAGCUCUGCUGUUUCCAACGUUGUAGAUGUCAGACCCAAAGCCCUCAUGGGAGGUCAGGAGUCUGAGAUUCCGUCUUACCCUGCUGUUAUUACAGCUCCUCUUGCAGAAGAAGAACACAUAUCAUCUGCCACAUCCAUAACAGAAUACGACAAGAUGUCUUCAUUUGCUACAUCUGUCGCUGAAGACCAAUCCAUUGCAUCUGUUACAGCCCCUCAGAUUGAGGAAGUUGGAAGGAACGUCCUCCUCCUUGAUACUAACAAUGCACCGUCACAUACAGAAGGCAACCAAGGAAAGGACUAUCUCCAUUCUGCAGGCACCAUUUCGCCUACCUCCUCUCUGGAAGAUGACAAAUGUUUUAAGUCUCCUUCCUCUGAUGAAUACCAACCCAACAUCCAUGAAAUGGAAAGCGAUGCCAAGGCCAGUGCUGUUCAUGAUGAAGAUGAGGAUGAGGAAGACGAGGAUGAGGAUCAAACUCCCAAUGUUGACAUCCCAUUCGGUAAACUCCAAGAGGGCUAUGAACACGCUGCAUCCUUGCUGCUUAGAGAGAAAGAGAAACCACCCUCUCCAGCUAUUUCUCCUCCCAAACAACAGUCUCCCAUGCAGAUUGUCAACAAACAAAUAUCUCCAUUUAGUACAGAUGGAACCGUGACCAUCACUGGAAUACAACCCGUAUCGCCAACUUUACCUCUUGUCACCGGUGUGUCCCAUGGAAGGCAAGACAGUGACGACAGAUGUCCGAGUCCAGAUGACAGCACUAUGAAACUCGCUUCACCCACACAAUCAGUGCCGACAAGCAGUAGCUACUCUCCGGCAGAAGAGAAGUCCUUAAAGACUGAAGAUAAAAAUGAAGCGGUGACCGCACUGAAAUUUGACAAAGUAGAGAAGUCAGUCACCAUUUCUGAUAAUACUUCCUUCAUUGGACUGACAGAUGACAAAACAACAUCAGAGACUUCAGAAGAAUCUGAAGAGGACAGUAUAGAGGAAGAUGCCUAUUUCACAAAAAAAGAUCUUCAGCCAGCUGUUAAGGCCAAACUUAUGGAGGCAAAAGAAGGAUGCUUCCUGGAUGAUGACUUGACAAAUGAGACAAAGACAGACAUUGAAACCUUAGAAAAGGCUCCAAGUGCAGAUGACAAACCUACUAAAUCUCAAAUUAUGAACUUGGAUGAGGAUGAAAUAAAUAAUUUCCCAAGUGGAUUAGAAUCAAGGUUCUCUCCAACAAAUCCAAACAUUUCACAAAAGUGUCAAGAAACCUCUGAAAUAACAGAUGCGUCUUUGAAAGAGCCAGAGAAAAGUGUUAAAUUUGGUACCUGUGAUUUUCCAGAGAAGGAGACCAAAGAGAAAGCCAUCUAUAUAAGGCAAGACACACCUUAUGUGCAUGGCAAAACAUUCUCUUACGGUGACAUUUACGAUAGCAAACAGAGUUCUGUGGAGUCCGAUUCAUUUCGUCAGGAGUCCUUAGAUAAGAUUGAGAAAGACAUUUCAAGGGAUAAAAUGGGUUUGCCACCAGACCAGACAGUAACAGCAACAGAAAAAGUCACAGAGAAGGAUGAAUUUAGAAAAGAACCUUCCACUCCAUCAUGGCAUGACUCUAAAAGCACGGCAGCUAUCCAAUCAGUGGUCAAAGAGGCUACAGAAACAAUUGCGGGAAGUCAUUUUCCUUCAGUGGUAGAUAAGUCUCCAGCAUCUUCUACUUUCCUUUCAUCAGAGAAAGAGCCGUUGUCUUUUCCAGUGCAAGGCCACCUCUCUCAACCAUCAACGUAUUCCUCCAUGACAGCCAUCAAUGCCGACAAAGCUGCUGGUCAUGAUGAUAACAACAAAGGCGCAUGUUUGGAGAUUGAUAUGCAGAAACUGACAGCCAGGGAUGAGGAAGAUUAUGAUGAUGAUGAGGUUGACGAAGAUGAUGAGGAGGAGGAAGAUGAAGAAGAUGAGGAUGAUAAUAGUGCUCUUGAUUCUGAUAUGGAAAAAAGUACCAAAGAAAAGUCUGAGAAGGAAAUAGAAAGUCCUGUGAGUGAAAUCUUUCGCUCCAACAAGCCUGAAUUCAUGGUUUCCAUGGCUGGAUAUGGCUUUAAAAGUCAAGAGAAACCAGCUGUGAAAGAAAACCUCCCUGGCUCACUCGCAAAAGUAGAAGCAGAUGAAAAGAAAGCAGACUGCACAUUCUUGGGUGGAAAUUCAAAAGAGGGUUCAGCAUGUUUCUCUGGCUACUCCUCAGAGUUACACCUUGAGGGAAGUGAUCUUAAGAAAUCCCUUUUACCAAAUCAGACCACGGACAAAAGUAAAGAGGAUAUUACCUUGACGUUAUCAAAGAGAAAUCUUUACCAGAAUGAUGAUGACGAUGAUCUUGAUUUUGACAAACCUGGGUCGCCAGAUCACCUAAGCAAGAAAUCGCCAGACACAAGCUUUCAGUACACGACCACUGCUGCCCCUGGGUACUCCUCUUCCUCUGCCUAUAGCUACUCCUCAUCUACUUCAGGCUCCUUCUCGACAAGCCGUCAGCUUGGAGAAGAGCUGGAGACACCUGCCUCAGCUGAGCCACUGUUUGAGUACUCCUCCUUUAAAGAAGAACAUUCCCCAGUUAGAGAUGCUCCCUUUUCCAAUUUAACUGGCACCAAAGAUGAUUAUCUUGAAGUGUCUGAGAAACAGAACACUGUUACAACCACAGCAGAAUCUACCUCUAACUUGGCCCACUUUUCACCCCGUGACCCAUUUGAGGGAGUCAAAUCCUUCCCUCUACAUUCAUCCACUGCUUCCGCUGAAGACAAACAGGAACACGCAUCUUUGGGCAGUCGUUUGGAUAAACACCCUCAAUCAGACUGCUUCUAUAAGCCUGAGUGGUCUGAGGUGUCAAUUUUGGACUCUGCAAAAGGCUUUGGGGACUCACUAACUUUGCACUCUCAAGAAACAGCACUCUCAAAAGAGUCAGCCAGGGCUGCUCUGUUCGGUGUCACUUCUUCACCACGACCGGACGCUGAAGGAAAACAUUACUUUGAGGAGACUGACAGCAGCGAAGAAGAGGACAAGGGAGAUUAUAUGCAGGAAAUGACUCGAGUAUCCCCCUCCAGUGGACUCACAGGUAACUUGACAUUUUCUGACAAGCCCGUUUCUUUCACUGAAAGUGAAAAGAAAAGCAGUGCAUUCCCCGAUGGUCUCGGGUCCUACGUGUUGUCACCACAUCAAGCCAGCAAGGCGGAACCAACCAACGAGACCGCACAAGUCAGUGCAAGUUCAACCAAUCUUGCUGGCACUGCAGCUGCAGGCACAGCCAGCGUGGAGGCCAGAGAGGGUGCUGGAGGCUGCAGGAGCUCCUAUGAAUGGGAAAUGUCCAAGCCUCAGAUAGGGAGGAUGCCUGGUGACUCUCCUCCCCAUUAUCGUCAUGACGAUGAGUUUGAAGAGGAGUGUGAAAUGGAGCCAGAGCACCCAGCACGCCCACUUUCUCUCUCAUCGACUAAUCAGCCAUUUCACUCUCCCUUCUAUGAUGAGUGCAGUCAACAAGGGCAGGAUGAUGAUGACGACGAUGACGAUGACAGUGAUCAGGAUAUUGCUGGUAAAGCACCCAAAGGAGCAGCCGCUCCAUAUGCAAGCCACACCACUCCCGGAUAUUCAUCCUGCGAGUACAAGCAGCGUAAAACUGACCUUUCACCUUCCUUUAUCAACCCAUGCAUGCAGCAGCUAUGUAGUGAUGAAGAUGAUGACGAUCAGGAAGAGCAAAGUGACCAGUCGCAGGAGGGAGAUGAACAUGACAUGUCAGUUAAGAGAAGGGCUCAUAAGCAGCCCCACCAUCACAGCAGCAGCUCUUUCCAUCAAGCCGACGGCACGUCAGCACGGUUGGGUCUGGCGACAGAGGACACGCCACCGACUUCAAUAAGCGAGUCUCUCGCUUCUCAGUCAGACUCUGAAGUGCCUCCAGGAACAGAGGAGUACCCGUCAGUCACCAGCAAAGGCAACAAUGAUUCCGACGAGGAUGCAGACUACAUGCCUAUCGACAAAAUAUCUGCCGCAGGUGAAAGCAGUCGUCAUCCUGCCUCCUGGAAGAGUAACGAUCCGGUUCCGACACCUCAAAAAGACCCUUACCCCCACCCUCCUCGCCCUGAUGUCUGCAUGGUGGAUCCUGACUCUUUGGGUGAUGUUAAAAAAGACCCUAAAACUAAAGGCCUGAAGAAAGCAUCCGGGAAAAUGAAAUCAGCAUCACCAGCCAGACGCAAGCGGUCCCCCUUGCCUGGCAAACAGACAUCAUCUCCUCGCGCUGCGUCACUGAAAAAGAAGGACGCUGACAAGAGUUCACGUAUGUCUCGCUUGUCGGAUGGACAAGGCUCAAAAGAUGAUGAUCUCUCCAGGUCAAGCUACAACCCUGGCAAAGCGCUGACUUUGGGCUCUCAAAAGGCUGGUUCGACGGCUCCCAUUUAUGUUGACAUGGCCUAUAUUCCCAACCACUGCAGCGCUAAGAACGUAGAUCAAGAAUUCUUCAAACGCGUACGCUCUGCAUAUUAUGUGGUGAGCGGGAAUGAUGCUGCGAGUGGUGAACCGAGCCGAGCAGUUCUCGAUGCGCUGCUGGAGGGCAAAGCCCAAUGGGGGUCAAAUCUUCAGGUGACGCUGAUCCCGACUCAUGACACAGAAGUGACUCGUGAGUGGUACCAGCAGAAACAUGAGCGUCAGCAGGAGCUCAACAUCAUGGUCCUGGCUUCAAGCAGCACCGUUGUUAUGCAGGAUGAAUCUUUCCCUGCCUGCAAGAUCGAGUUUUAGGAACGCUGUCAUACACCUGCCCUCCAUACUGUUUGAAUAACUAUCUCAAGUCUGUGUUUUUGUCCCUUUUGUGGUAACUUUACAGAAAGACUAAAAUAGAUUCAUAAUAGUUUUUUUUUUUUUUUUUACAUUAACCAUUAAGCUUGUUUUGUCUGUCACAACAAUUACUACAUGUCCUCAUGACAUCGUUUCAGAGACAGUGGCUGUCACUGCCAUGACACAAAUUUUUAAACAAUAGAAAAGGUAAAAAGGCCGUUUCUGCAAAGAAUUUCCUUCCAAUGGUUUAUAUAUACAGUAAGUACUACACUUUUCUUGCACCUUAAGGCCAAUACUAUUUGCUGCCCUCCCCAGUAUCUCAGUUUAAAGUUAUUUUUGCAGUAUAGCUGAUCAGAUUGAAACAUUGUGAUGGUAGAAAAUGACUAUUGUGAUCAGUUUUCUCAUAGUUCCGGUGUUUGAGCUUUGUGCCUCCGAUUGAUAUCGUGAAAUAGAGAAUAUUAAAAUAGAGGCCACAGUGUCCUUUCAGUGUCUUUCUAAUAUAUUUGCUGUAGCAUAGGAACGAUUUUAUUCAAACUUCCAUAUGGUUGUGAACUAUUUCUAUGAUGAUAAUAACCCGUUACAUUUAGAAUUGAUGUGAAUUUGACCAAUAAUUUCUCAGUAAUUUUUUGUCCUAUAGUCUUUGAUAUUUGUUUCCCGUUUAUGUGAGGUUGGUAUCCUGUUCAGAGAAAUGCAGUCAGAUGUGAUGUCAAAAGAAACGGUCGACCAAUCCUUGAUGUUGUGUCUUUUCAUAAAGUGCUUUUGAAGGAAGAUGUUGAACCUCAUAUCAGCUGCUGCAUCUUUGGGAUCUUUUUCCAAAGCUGUGUCCAACGUUGAAGAAUGUACGAGGAUAGUGAGAGAGUUUGUGUUUGCACACUGGACAAAAUGUGGGCUGGUAUUAUUACAGUGGGAGACCCAUGUGCCUUUUAGUCCUGUUGUGAUCGGAGAGUGCAAAGGUGGAAAUGUUUAUUUGUUGUUGAGAUUGGACAUGAGCAGUUGUGAAAGAGGAUUUGACAAGCUAGUCUCAAUAGUUUUUGUGACUUUAGACAGUGACGCGAGUGCACAAAAAAGCAUGUACUGCAAGUAUAGCACUUUCUAAAGCAUCAAAACAAUGUUUUGGUCAUUGAUUUCCACAAGCUGCCAGUUUAAAAAAAAAAAGCACAAAUAACAACCAGUGUAGAAAAUUAAAAGCAGUUUUUCCUAUUUACUUUAUGACAAUAAUAAUGCAAUGGUUACAAACUUUUUUAGUAGGUUUAAAUGAUUUAAUGUAUUUGAACGCAAUCAUUUGAUUUUUCCCAAAAAUUCAUUGAUCAUCCAGAAACAGAGACAGUCGCAACAUAAAAUCGGGAUGCUGUGGAAUUCUAAAAAUUCUGCUUCUCGCAUCCAUCACGCCAUCAGGCCUCAGUAUAAAGGUCCAGACUUGUACUGUAUUGCAGACUGCAGGGAUAAUAGGAAACAUCCCUUUCAAAACUUCUGAGCUCCAACAAAGGGCUCUGGUGGAAAAUUAAAGCAAUACGAAUAUACAGUAAUCCCUCGUUUAUCGCGGAUAAUUAGUACCAAAAACCACCCGCGAUAAGUGAAAUCCGCAAAGUACGGUCAGCAACAAGAAGUACUGGGCAGGCUAACGAGUUAGUGGAAAGAUGCUAAUUUGGGAUCGUGCUAACACGCAAAAACGGACUUCUAAAGGAAUCUAAACGAACAUUUGGAGCAAUACUACAUUAUCCUAAAGGUUAGACACAUGUUUCCUUAAUUUAGAAGUUUUAUUUUCACUUUUAAAUGUUUUUUUAAUUUGGAAAAAAAAUCUGCGAUGUAGUGAAGCCGCGAUAAAUGAAACGCGAAGUAGCGAGGGAUCACUGUAGUUGAAGUAAAAUUCUAAUUGACAUUCUGUCAAAACGGGAGUCAAAGCAAAUUUGUUCAAAUGUGAUGAGGACAGGAUUGUCGCUUUGAAAACUUUAGUAAAUAACACAUUUCUCAAUUCAAAAGACUGAAUUGAACAAAUUAUACUUCUGUUUUGAUAUUCUUUCAUAGACUGAAAAUGUUCAUAAUUGAUUGUUUAUCAAUAAAUUACUAUUCAAGUGGCUUUUUUUUUCUCCAAACUUUCAUUGAAUUGCUUUGUGAUUUAUUUAUUCAUUUGUUGAAUUGGUGACUUUAAUAAUGAUUAUUAGCAUUUAUGUUGUGGAAUUUGUUUUAUUUUCAUAUACCAACCAGAACCAAAUGAAUCACCGAACAGAUUACAGAACCAACGAAAACCAGGGUCAACAUUUUUAGAUCCGCAAGUCUAUACGGUUGUUGUGGCAUAUUAAUCAGUUUCCUAUAGUGAUGUAUGUACUGUAUUGUACAUAAGGACAAUAGCUCUUCUCUUGAACAGAAAACAGGCUGCAGGCAGAAGCUUCAGUUGAUUUGAAUGUGAUGAUGCAGAUUACCUUUAUGUUCUCUGUGGAGGACUUAGAAAUCUCCUGGUUGCCUUGUUUACCGCACAUCUAACGGCUUACUGUGGCCAGCAGCACAUCUCCAAGUCAUGAAGAGCACUUUUCACAAAAAACAAGCAUGCAUCAUUUAACGAUCCAUGUACUUCUUUGGGUGACAGGAAACAAUGUCGAGUAAAAUUCAAGUUGGCGUUUUGUUUGUUUCGGCCUCUAUGAGCGAUGUUAUAUGUAAUACUUCUGCAUUAAACACUCUUAAUAACUAUGAUAUUUGCAUAUGAGAGGGACAUUACUGUACUACCUAUGAUUCAGACAUAGUAAAAUAUCCAUGUUUGACUGCUACAUUUUCACUGAAUGUGAUUUGAGUCCUGCUGUCCUCCACUGAGCAAUGCUUGUCUGUGCAUGUGUACCCUCUGAAUUCUCCCAGAUGACUAUAGUACAUGAGAAAAUAACUUUUGUUUUACAGUUCGAGAUUAAGGAUACUCCAUCCAGUACUGUGGAAGUUCACGUGAAAUGACUGUUGUACUGCGAAGAAAGCCAUGGGAUUUAUUUAUUCUUUUUGCUUCGUACCUUCCCCCAUCUCCUGUUUUGAGUGCAAUAUUCUGUUUUACUCCUCAAAUGUGUAAAAGUAAAAAAAUAAAACGAUAGCUACUGUCUUAAGAGGAAAGUGCGAUGAAGACAAAUAAAUGAUCAUUUACUGAA